AAGCAUGGAAAAUGCCAACUUGCCAAAGAUCCUCUGAACUUUCUUCUUCAUCCAGUGACAGAAAGCCAGGUGUGAUAUUAGACUCUUCCAAAGAUGCUCCUGAGAUUCUUCUUUUAUCCAGCGACAAGAAAGCAUGGAAAAUGCACACCUCUGCCAAAGAAUCCUCUGAGCUUUCUUCUUCAUCCAGUGACAGAAAGCCAGGUGUGAUAUUAGACUCUUCCAAAGUUGCUCCUGAGAUUCUUCUUUUAUCCAGCGACAAGAAAACAUGGAAAAUGCACAACUCUGCCAAAGAGUCCUCUGAGCUUUCUUCUUCAUCCAGUGACAGAAAUCCAGGCAUGGAAUUAGACUCUUCCAAAGAUGCUCCUGAGAUUCCUCUUUUGUCCAAGGACAAGAAAGCAUGGAGAAUGCACAACUCUGCCAUAGAGUCCUCUGAGCUUUCUUCUUCAUCCAGUGACAGAAAGCCAGGUGUGAUAUUAGACUCUUCCAAAGAUGCUCCUGAGAGUCUUCUUUUAUCCAGCGACAAGAAAGCAUGGAAAAUGCACAACUCUGCCAAAGAGUCCUCUGAGAUUUCUUCAUCCUGUGACAGAAAUAAAAAGAUAAUGGCAUCAUGCAAAGAAUCUUCAGAGAUUAUUUCUUUAUCUGAACACAUAAAGUCUGUGACAACACCCGCUUCUUCCAAAGAAUCUUCUGAAUUUGCUUCUUCACCCAGUGUCCAAAGCCCAGGUACAAUACUGGUCUCUUCCAAAGAAUCUUUGGCGACUUCUCCUUUGUCCAAGAAAAGGGGGCCAAGAGGAAGACUUAGCUCUUUCAAAGAGUUUUCUAAGCUUCUUUCUUCAUACAGGAACAUGAAAUCAAGUACAACACUUGACUUUUCUAAAGAGUGCUGUGAGCUUCCAAUUUUAUCCAGCAACAGAAGCUCAUGGACAUCAUUGGACCCUUUAAAAAGAUCUUCCAAGUUGCCCUUAUUAUCUGAGGACAGGAGACGCAAAACAAGCUUUGGUUCUUUCAAGGAAUCCUCUGAAAUUCCAUCUUUGUCCAAUGACAAAAGCCCAAGGAUGACAACGGCCUCUUUCCAAGAGUGCUCUGAUAUUCCUUCCUCAUUUAGUGAAAGAAGUUCAAAGCCAAAAAUUGCUUCUUUCAAGGAAUCCUCUGAGAUUCCUUCAAUGUACAGAAACAGGAGAAUAAGGGCAAAAGAAUCCUGUGUGCGUCCUCGUUCAUUCAGUGGCAAGAAACCCGUGAUGACACUCUCCUUUUCCAAAGAGUCCUUUAAUACACCUUCACCCAGCGGGGUAAGCCCAGGGACAAUAUCGGACUCGUUAACGGAAUAUUCUGAGAUGUCUUCAUUAUCCAAUGACAGAAGAUCAGGGCCGAGAUGGACCUCUUUUAAAGAACCCUCUGAGAUUCCUUCUUCUUGCAGCCACUUGAGCCCAGAACCAACAUAUUACAAAAAGUCUUCUGAGCCCAAUCCAUCAUACAGUAACAUACCCAGAAUGGCUUCCUUCAAAAAAUCUUUUGAGAUUCUUUCUUCAUCAAGUGACAGGAUCUCAGAUCCAACAUUUAUCCCCCUCAAAGAAUCUCCUGAGAUUUCUCUAACUAGUGAUGUGAAUCCAGGUACUAUUUUAAAAUCUUUAUCAGGCUUCAUCACGAGCUCAGAGCCAACAAUGACGUCUAGUAAAGAGUAUUUUGAGAUUCCUCCAUCUCCAAGUGACGGAAUGCCAGAGCCAGUUUUGAUUUCAAUCAAAGACUCUUCCAUCACUCCUUUGUCUGGUGACAUGAAUCCAGGGAUCCUAGCUAAAUCUUUUAAAGGGCCUUCUGAAACUCCCUCUUCAUCCACUGAUCGAAGCCCAGGGAUAAUACUUACCUCUUUCACGGAAUCUUAUGAGAGUCGUUCUUCUUGUGAAAUGGAUUUAGUAACCAUAUUUGUGUCUUUCAAAGAAUCUGCUAAGAUUCUUUCUUCUUUAGAUGACAGAAAAUCAGAGCCAACAUGUGCAUCUCUUAGAAAGACCUAUGAGAUUCCUUCCUCUGUUGACAUGAAUUCAAGAUCGAUAUUUGUCUCUGUGAAAGAAUGUUCUGAGAUUUCUACUUCAUCUAGUGAUGGAAUCCCAGGGAGAACAACUGACUCAUUUGGAAAGUCCUCUGAGGUUCCCUCAUCACAUGAUUCCAAAAUGACUUCUUUCAAUGAGUCUUCUAAUAUACUUUCUUCAGCUGUUGACAGGCAUCCAGGGAUAACCCUUACAACAUUCAAGGAGCCAAUAUUACUUCCUUUCAAAGAGUCUUCUGACUUUAUUUCUUCAUCUGAUGACAGGAGUCCAGGAUUAACAGGGGCUCCUUUAAAUGAUGCUUUUGUCACACCUCCUUCAUCUAGUGAUGGGAAUUCAGGGACAGCCCUGGCUUCUUUCAGAGAUAUUUCUACGAUUCCUUUAUCAUGCGUUGCCAGAAAAUCAGGGCCAACAGUGACUUCUGUUAAGGAGUUUUUUGAGAUACCUUCUUCUUCCACUAUUAGAAAGCCAAAAAAAGAUCUUACUACUUACUCUUCAGAUAUUCCUUUAUUAUUGAAUGACAGGAGUCCAGAGACAAUAGCAGUCCCUUUUGAAGAGUCUUCUCAUAUUAUUUCUUCAUCCAAUGAUAGAAGACCAGAGCCAAGAAUUGCUUCUGUCAAAGAGUCUUCCGAGAUAUCAUCUUCAUCCAGUGACAAUAGACAAGGUAUAUUUACCCUUAUCAAAGGAUCUUCUGAAAUUUCUUCUUCAUGCACAGACGGGAGACAAGGGAUAACACUUGCACCGAUCAGAGAAAUUUCUAAAACAUCUUCUUCCAGUGAAAAGAGCUCACGAGUGAUAUGGGCUCCUCUCAAAGAGUCUUCUGAGAGUCUCGUUUCAAUCAAUGACAGGAAGCCAGGAACGAGACUAGCUCCUGCCAAAGAGUCUUAUAAGAUUCCAUCUUCAGCCACUGAGAAGAAUCCAGACGCAACAGCCACUCCUCCCAAAAAGUCUCCUGAGAUUCCUUCUUCAACUAGUGACAAGAAUCUGGUACUUGCUCCAGCCAAGGAAUCUUCUAAGAUUCUAUUGUUAUCCAAUGACAGACCAUGGCCAACAGUGAGUUCUAUCAAAGAAUCUUUUGAAAAUGCUUCCUUAUUCAAUGACAGGAGACUAAGGGCAAGUUUUUCCUCCACCCAAGAAUUUUCUCAGAUUCUUCCCUCAUGCACUGAUAGGCAAUUAGGUAAAUUAGCCCUCAUCCAAAAGUCUACUGAGAUCCCUUCCACGUCUGUUAACGAAAGACCAAAGACUACGUUUGCCUCUUUCAAAGAGUUUUUUGAUAUUCUUUCUUUAGACAAUGUCAGGAGUCAAGGGACAACACUUACUUCUGUCAAAGAACUUUCUGAGAGUCCUGACCGAGGAUUGGAACCAAGAGUCACUUCUUUUCAAGAUUCUUCUGUGAUAUGUUCUGUCCUCAAGGACAAGGAAUCAGGGACAGCCCUGACCUCUUUCAAAGCUAUUUCUGAGAUUCCUUUAUCAUGUAUUGACAGGAGACCAGGCCCAACAGUGACUUCUGUUAAAGAGUCUUUUAAGAUACCCUCUUCUUCCACCAAUAAGAAACGAGGGAAAGGCCUUACUACUACUACUACUACUAUUAAAGACUCUUCAGAUAUACAUUUAUUAUUGAGUGAUAAGGGUCCAGAGACAAAAUUAGUCCCUUUUGAAGAGUCUUUUCAUGUUAUUUCUUCAUCCAGUGACAGAAGACCAGAGCCAACCAUUGUUUCUGUCAGAGAUUCUUUUGAGACCAGUGAUAAGAGACCAACCAUAUUUAUCCCCAUUAAGGAAUCUUCUGAAAUUCCCACUUCAUGUACACACAGGAGACUGGGGAUAACACUUACACCAGUCAAAGAAACUUCUAAAAUCUCUUCUUCUUCCACUGACAAAAGUUCAGGGGCAAAAUGUGCUCCUCUCAAAGAAUUUUUUGAGAUUCUUGUUUCAACUGGUGACGGGAAGCCAGGAACAAGAUUAGAUCCUAUCAAAGAAUCUUCUGAGAUUCCAUCUUCAGCCAAUGAGAAGGAUCCAGGGACAACAGCCACUCUUGUCAAAGAGUCUUCUGAGAUUCCUUCUUCAUCCAGUGACAAGAAUCUAGUACUUGCCCAAAUCAAAGAAUCUUCUAAGGUUCUAUUGUUAUCCAGUGAUGGAGGACCAUGGCCAACAGUGGGUUCUAUCAAAGAGUCUUUUGAAAUUUCUUCUUCAUUCAGUGAUAGAAAAGCAGAGGCGAGUCUUCCCCCUGUCCAAGAGUUUCCUAAGAGUCUUUCCUCAUCCACCAAUAGACAACUAGGCUCAGUAGUCCUUGUCCAAGAGUCUUCUGAGAUUCCUUCUUCAGCCAGUGAUGAGAUGCCACAGACACUGACUCCUGACCAAGAGUCUGCUGAGAUUCCUUCUACCUCCAUUGUUAGAAGAGUAGGGACAACACUUGCUUCUUUCAAAGAGUCUUCUGAUAGUCCUUCUUUAGAGAAUGUCAGGAAUCAAGGGACAAGUCUGACUUCUGUCAAAGAGUCUUCUAAGAGUCCUUCAUCUCCUGAUGGAAGAUCAGAACCAAGAGUCACUUCUUGCCAAUAUUCUUCUGUGAAACCUUCAGAACCCAAUGAGACGGGGCCAGAGAUACCUCUGGUCUCUUUCAAGUCAUCCAGCGAUAGAAAACUAGGGUCGACGGUGUCUUUGGCCAAAGAGUGUUUUAAGAUACCUCUGCCCACUGGCAAAAGACCAGGGGCAUUAUCUGCUGCUAUCAAAGAGUCUCCUGAGGCAGCUUUUUCAUCCAGUGACAAGGGCCCCGAGACGGCACUCGGCUCUCUCAAGGAGAUUUCUCCUCCAGUGGAUGACAGAAGACUGGGGCCAACAAUGUCUUCUAUCAAAGUGUCUUUUAAUAUACCUUCUUCAUUUAGGGACAGUGGACCAGGGAUAACACUUGCAUCUUUCAAAGAUACUUCUAAAAUCCCUCUGUCAUCCAGUGAAAGAAGAUUAGGGCCAACGGUGGCUUCCAUCAAAAAGGUUUUUGAGACCGGAAAAUUUGUCUCUUUCAAAGAAUUUUUUGAGGUUCCUUCUUUGAUCAGUCCCACAAGCCAAGAAGAUACAAAACAUAGGAAGAGUGGGGAAAAAAACCCAUCGCUGCCUAUUUAUGAAUCAGUAGAUCUCCAUGGGGUAGAGCUAGAUCCUCAAGGCAUUAGCGCUGUUCUUCCGCCCACAUCUGAUAGCUCCAUGAAUGACCUCCUUGGAUCUAACACAGAAACCCCGGACUCUGGGCCGGGCGUCCAGGGACCCAAGAAGAGGCCCCUGCCAGCCCCAGAGACCCUGGGCUGUGCACCACGCAAACCGCCCAGGCCUCCAGCUGUGAGCCUCCUGGCCCUUCAGAGCAUGAUCUCUGCCUCCGCCACGGCACAGAGUGGAGCUGCUGCAGAACAGAACUGCCUCGCUCCAGAAAAGGUUCCAUUAUCAUCUCUAUCUAAACGAGUCCUCAAACCUACAUAUCCAGCUCUGGUCUCUAACCUGAACUCCUGCCCGGAUUCACCAACUGCCCGUGGCUCGCCUCCAGCCAGAUGUCCCAAAGGCAGCCAAGAAUCUGAAGAACUGCAUAAUUACGAGGCAAGAAUCCCAUUCCAGAAGCCAUCUGAGGACUUCAUUUCCCCAUGCGCUGAUAAAUCCCCUUCUGACAUGGGGAUAGAAGUUAUCGCCAAGCCUCGGAAGAGUUUUGUCCAUCAAGGUUUUAGCCAUGAACACGCCUCUGGGAACGACAAAAAGAAGGGGAAACAGCCACGGGAAGGUGAAGUGCACCAAAAGGACAAGGACCCAAAUCUGAAGAAGAUCAACGGGGCUGAAGGCAUUCCCCGAAAACUCCAGGUAAAGGAGGACUUCCGAGGCAAGAGAAAUCUGCUACGCCUAAAGCCAGACGCGCACGGCGGCGAGGAGGUGUACGAGGACCUGUACGGCGGGGAGAGCGGCCAGGCCCAGACCGAGUUGGAAGGAAAAGAAAAAUUUAAAAAACUGGGAAGGUUUUUUAAAAAAGAAAAAGAAAAAGUUAAACCGAAGAAGAUGAAAAAGAACUUUAGUGGAUUUUCCAUUUCGAUGCCUAAUUUAGAAUUUAAGUCUCAGGAAAACAUAUUCUACGAUGAUGUGACAGUGGAUAAGAAAGAUUCCAAAGAAAAAGAAGACAAAGGAAGACUCUGGAAACCAAAAUUUCUGAUGAUGAAAGACAGCAAAACAAACAAAAUGCCCGAGGAAUCCGAAAGACUCUUCCUCAAAAACAAGAAAUCCAGCUUAGAAAAACUCAAGUUGGAAAAGGAAGACAAAGUGCUUAAAGAAAGAUUUGAGAUACUCUUAUAAAACAGCUCAAACACCUCAGGACCUCCAGUUAAGGCACAGGAAGGGGUUCCAAGAGGAAAGCGUAACUGCGGACACCCGAGAUGCAUCAGCAGGUGUUACAGAAGGAGAUCGGCCGCAAUUGUCUGGAGAACUCUGAGCUCGGACAGACCUGGUGGGACCCUGAAAAAUAGAUAUUGUCAUCGUCCACAUUUUACAGAUGAGGAGACAGAGACAGACGGAAGUAAAGUGACUUGCCCAGAGACACACAGUAUAGGUAUCAGGCUGGAUCUGAACUCAGGUCUUCAGGACUCCAGGCUUCAUUCUCCAUCCCCGGUGCCUCAGAGGCACAAAAGGGUUUGUUCCUUUCAGUCAUGACUCCAUUCGGGAUUUUCUUGGCAAGGAUACAAGAAUGGCUUGCCAUUUCCUUUUCCAGCUCAUUUUACAGAUGAGGAAACUGAGGCAUGAUUGAGUUAAGUGGCUUGCUCAGGGUCAUACAGAGUGUGAGACCAGACUUGAUGCAUCUUCUUGCCUCUCCCCACUGUACCACCGGUAUACCACCUGCUGCUGCCCAUGGUAAGCUUCGAGACUAUCCUGGGGAGCAGGAGGGGCUUAAGGAAGAACUCCCUCAAAUCAGAAAUGGAGCCUGCCCCACACUCAUCCCUCAUGAGAUCUGUCCAUAGUGGCCACCAAACUCCCAGCUUGAAAGAGAGAGACAAGACUUAUGGGACCUGGAGUCAGAAAGAGAUAUUUACCAGUAGUUGGCAAGUCACUUAAU